AUGGUCUACACUAUCACGGUGCACUUGCGUGCCAAAUCGUCCGACCCAGCAAUCAUUCAAAAGCUCAAGAACAAACUCAUCGAAGCUUCGAGAGUCUACUCCAAGGACAAGGAGACCAUUUCAUGGUUCGUCAUGCAAUCCGUCCACGAUCCACGAGACUUCACCAUUGUCGAACGCUACGAGCAAGAGAGUAGCCAGAAGUAUCACCUGGAGAACCCAUACUGGAAGACUUUCGAUCCCUACGUGAAACCGCUGCUCGAGGGCGAGAUGGACCUGAGGAGGUUCGAGGAAUUGGAUACCAGCAAGGACGUCUUCGUUGAGUAA